GUCAGGUGGUCUGAGGAAGUGCUUGAAGAUGAGGCCCUAGAGGCACAGGAUGGAGAUGAUCUUUUCUCUAUGACUCACAAUGAAAGGGAAGGAGUAGAAAGAGCCAUUUCUCUGUGAAAUAUCAGGGUAAAAGGAAAAGAAGUAUGAUGGUCAAGACUCCACAGAGGAAGCAGCAGGAUUGUGGAAACCAAUCCAAACCAAAGUCUUGUUUAAGUGUCUCAAUCCCUCUGAGGAUGUCCAGUUACAUAUUCAAGAGGCCAGUAACCAGAAUCACAUCCUAUCCUGGCAAUGAGGUCAGAUGCCAUCACUGGGAGGAAACCCUGGACAAGCCCCAGCAGAUGUGCUGGCAGAAGAGGCUGCAAGGUCUCCAGGCCUGUAGCAGUGCAGGGGAACUCUUAAGCACUUUGGAUCUUGCCAAAGCCUUGCAAAAACUUGUGCCUAGGUGCUCAGGUGAAUAUCUUCCAGGUGUUCUUGUAGGUGGUCUGAACCCCAGCCCCACGCCCACCCCUGCUGGGUCUUCAGAUUUGGUAAAGGUGAUUCCAGAAGCUGGUCUGGGUAUCCCACAGCUUCUGGGCAAACACUUUCUGGUGACUGAGGAAGAUAUCAGGAAACAGGAAAGGAAAGUGAAGACAGCAAGAGAAAGGUUGGCCAUGGCACUGGCUGUAGACAGACUUGCUAGAGAGGCAGAGAAAAUGAAGGGCCAAGAAGCACAUCCCGAAAAACACCAUGAGAAAAAAGAGAAGCUAGUGCAGGUGAAAUGGAGCAUGGAACUUUAUUAAGGUCUCUUUGCAGUGUCCAUGGUGCCUUCAUGCUCCUGAGCCCUCAAAACUUGUACUGGUACUUACCAGUGCAAAAAUGUACUGGUACUUUUCUUAUAUUAAAUUAUUUUGUGUGACAUAGACAAUAGACACAGUGAUCUUUUUGAGCUGCGAGAUUGGGUUUCAGGUAAGGAGAGAA